CUGCCAGGGAGGCCGCCGCCGAGGCUCUCAGGCCGAGCAGGGCGAGGAGGACAGACAGCCUCCAGAAGCGUGUUCUGGAAGGGAAGAUCAGCUCAAUGUCAGCUCAGUUGGCACAGGUCACGGCUGAGGUCGCGCGGCUCCAGGGGACAGGCACGGAGGCCGAGGCAGCUCAGGCACGAGAGGCUGCACAGCAGGAGCAGGAGCAGGAACUCUCGAGGCUCAGGGGCUUGCUCCUUGGUCCUCGGCCUCAGGCCUCACGCCUCUGGGGCGAGUACGGCCACCUCGGAGGCGAUUCAGGCGCUCAGGGCAAGGACUUCGGAGAGCUCGGCAGGACAGGGGCCUUGGACAACUCAGGAGGGUUCGGUCACUCAGGAUCAGCCGCUGGACGCCUGCAGGGCGAGGGCGAAAGGCUAGAGGAGGCUCGCAGGAACGGACUUAAGGGCAAGUCAGCGGGUCAGCUGGGCGCCAUGUACGGACGGUGCGGUGGCAGGCCUCCUAAGGAGAAGGACUUCGAGGCCCUUGAGCUCCCCUCUUCAGUCCGCCUGGUCCUCAGUCCAGAAGACCAUAAGAAGAUCCCUAUGCUUGGUCACAAGAAGAAGGCCGCUCAGUACAUUGAGGACCAGCUCAUCGCUGUAGGCUUCGCGAAGGGGUCAGGCGAAAAGGCUCCUGAGCCAACUGAGGACCAGUGGAAGAAGAUCAGGCCCCUCUUCGGGAAAGGCGUCAAGACGAGGCAGCUCGUGAGGAUCUAUGAGCAGAAAGAUAAGGUGGAGAAAGCCAUUAAGAAGCUACGCCUGGGCAGGUCAGGCGGCAUCUUCAGCCGCCGGAAGAAGAAGCAGGGCCUGUCAGGACAGGCAGGCAAAGGUGUCAGGGCCAUUGAGCGCCACGUAAGUGGGUCAGCUGAGAAGAAAGGGCCCGGUAAGCGGAGCCUCCUCAUGCCAGUGUUUGAUGAGGUGCAUAAGACGUUCUUGAGCUGGCGUAAGGGAGGUCAGUAUGUCGAUGAAGGUGACUUGUACUUAGAGUACUGCUACCAGGCCGAUCAGAUGAAGACGCGUCUCGAAGCUCAGAGGAACCCAGAAGGUUGGUUGCCGAGUCGUCAGAGGGCCCUCCUUGAGGAGAUUGAGAAGCGUGAGAAGGCCAUUCAGAAGAGUGAGAAGAUGGCUGAGUACACAACUGAUUUCAUUAAGGAAACGUACGGCAUCAGGUUGUACAAGCCUCAGCGCCUCCUGAGCAUUUCUUUGGAGGAGGAGGAGAAGCGCGCCCUUCAGGGAUGGUGCAGCUUCGACCAGGCUGUCAGGCUUGCCUGCUUCGACUCCGUGGAGGACCUCUCAGACAUGGUCGCUGACGCUAAGGGAUUCAGAGACAACAUCCAGAAUUUGGUGAUCUUCAUGUCCGAUCAGGUGCCGAUGUGGCUAAAAAUCAGCCCAGGGAAGCAGCUCUACGCUGAGGGGGAGGUUCAGGACCGCAAAGGCCCCAAGCAGACUUCAGUCCAGGAGCGGACAAGGUCCGUCAGGUCAGAGAACAAGGCCCUGUUUCAACGCCUCGCAGACCUGGACGUUGAGAUAUAUCAGCAGCCAGCAGGGUUCGAGGACUCAGUGAUUACGUGCUGGAAACUUGAGAAACAAUCUCAGGCCGCCAGCUGCAGCAUCGGUCUCAGAGACAUGUUCGCGGGCGCCCUGUCAGAGUCUUCUCUGAACACCUCAGCCGCUUUGGGUCAGCUACCUGUGUUCAUCAGAGGUAAGAUGACCGCGGCCGUGCAGGUGACGGACACCGACGUGGCCUUCAGGCUGAAGGCCAAGGUGAGGAGAAGGCAGCAGGAGCUCAGGAAAGAGCUACAGCGGCUAGCGGAGUCGGAGAGCACCAGAGCCAUUUUCAAAUGCGGGACGUAUGAGGUCCUCAGGACCUUAGCUUCAGCUUUGGAGGACCUGAUCGCAGACUUUAAGGCGGACAGCACGCUCAAGAAGGCUUGCGUCAGGAAUGGGUGGACGGUGCUCAGGCCGAAGCCCAGCCAGAAAGCUUUCGUCAGGGCCAACGAGGAGAAGUGGUUUCAGGACAGCGAUCUUAAGAUCGGACAGCACCGCCUGCGCGGCGGCUGGGUUCAGAAACGGUUCGACAACCUCGAUGAUCAGGGGAUGCCUAAGGACGUGCCUGCCCUCAGCGAGCAGGACAAGGUCCAGGAAGGCGAGGCCGGCGUCCACGGGGCCCCAGGAGACCUCAGUGUUCUGGCGACGUGGCAGGACAUGCAGGCAUCAGGAGAGCUCUCGGAGGCUGCGUUGAAGGAUCUCAGCCAGCAGGCAUGGUUGUCCAUGGAGGUGAACGACGUCGAGGGCAUCGAGGGCAUAGAGGAAGCAAAGGCGCUGCUCAGGACACCAGCGCAGAGGAGGAAACACUUAGGGAUCGAUCAGCACCUCACAAGUCAGAAGCCCGACCCGGUCAGGAGGCAGAAGAGGCAGAAGGGACGGAAGGAAAGGGCUGAGGCCAGGGCUGCGUCGAGGACAGGUGUCCUCACGGCAGUCAGGAAGUUGAGGUCUGAGGGCUACUCCGCGGGGCAGGCGUGCAGCAUGUCCGUGGUGCCUAAGGUUGGUAACAAGAAGGUCAAGAAGAAUAAGCUCUUAAAGUCACAGGUUAAGAAACAGAAAGUGCUUCAGGGUCUGGCGAAAAAGCGGCAGAAGGACAGGGAGAAGGCGGAAGCUAAGGCCAAGGCCGCAGAGGACGAGGAGGCGCUCAAGCAGCAGAGCUUGGAGCAGGCCUGGCAG